AUGCUGAUAGAGGUCAACGCGGAGGAGUGGAUUAAGGGCGAGCCCAACGAGGAGUUGGUGCAGAUCAUCAAGGCACCAGCAAAGCCUGUGAAGACGACCAUCACCACUUUGCCCGUGUCCCCAAAGCGGCGCCUGAAUAAGAUGAAGAAGGCGGGGUCUGUGGGCAGCUUUGGGAAGCUUUGCGGAGAGGCGUUCCGAAGUGGCAACAGGCAUCUGGAGAGUCGAGCCUCCGGGUCCUUUAAAGAUGCGGUCAUUGCCAAGUCAUGA